AGGAGCAGCAGGAGCAGCAGAAGCAACAGGAGCAGGAGAAUCGACUGCAGAAGCAGCAGGAGCAGCAGAAGCAACAGGAGCAGCAGAAUCGACUGCAGAAGCAAUUGGAGCUGCAAGGGCAGCAGGAUCGACUGCAGAAGCAACUGGAGCAGCAGAAGCAACAGGAGAAGCAGAAUCGACUACAGAAGCAGCAGAAGCACCAGCAGUGGCUGCAGAAGCAACUGGAGCAAACACCAAACAAAGAGGGGCACCAACAGGAACAAUGGAAGCAUCACCAAGGGCUGCGGCAAGGGCACCCGCAUCAGGAGCUAUGGCAUCUACCGCAGGGACAGCAGCAGCACUGUGGGCUCUGUACAAAGAGAGAGGAUGAAAGGGGUCCCAGUCGGAGAGCAGGCGCAGGGAGCCAACGAGAGACGCGGCAGCAGCUUGGAGUGCAGAAAUCCCAUUGGAGAGACGAGACGAAGAGAGCGAGAGAGGCAGAGGAGAGAGCCAGAGAGCAAGAGGAGGGGGAGGGGCAGUGGGAGUUGGCAAUGGAGAGGCAAAAGGAGACGCGAACAAGGAUUCACAUGGAGCGACGGUGGGAGUCCAAAAGGCUGGGAGGAACCCCGGAACGCGUGGGGGGGCCCAGCUCGGGCACGAGACGAGCCAAGCCAGCCAGGAACCUGGUGUCCUACAGCAGCGACGACAACGGCCACGCGGGGGUCCUCGGAGACCCCGAACCCUCGCUCCCGACCCCUGCCACGCCGUCGUACCGGGCCCCGGUGACGCCCGGGGCGGACGAUUGGGACCGCACGUCCCUGCCGUGCGAGUUCUGCGGGCUGGACUUCCCGGCUGACGAGCUCAUCCUGCACCAGAGCGGCUGUAACGUGGAGCUGGCACACGCGUCUGUGGACUACCACUACACAAUCCCCACAAUCCCCACAACCCCCACCACCACCACCACCAGGAUCCAGCACCAGCCCGAUGACCGCCGGGGUCACCGCGAGCCCUCCAGGAACGCCUUCUCCCCUCGCGAUCCUGGGAACCCGGCUCAACGCGAUCCCUUCGCGAUCUCGGAUCGCCUGAACCCACAUUUGGAUGCGAGUUACUGCGAGCCCUCGCGAGGCCCGGUUCACCGUCUGCCGUGCGAGAUCUGCACGGAGCUCGUGGAGGCCGAGCGGCUGCCGGAGCACCAGCAUGAAUGUCUGGUGCAGCAACUCAGAGCCAUGAGAAGUUUUUCUUCUGACCCGGGAUCGUGGACCCUGGACUCGUGAUGACGAUUUUUCAACUUGGAUUCAUGGAUGCGUUUGCUUCACGUGCUGUACUUUACUGUAUGUUUAGCUUUUGUAAUUAUGGUAACCCAUGUCAAAUUUGUUUAACCAGGUGAGAACUCUAGAUACCCAGGGAGUCUCAUUUGCAAGAAUGGCCUGGGGAGAUUGGUCAACCAUAGGGGCCCCAAUGAGUGCUGCUAUGUAGAAUCCCAAUUGAGUAACUUGCAGCGUCAUUUUCGAAUUCGACAAAUUGAGACCGUGUCCUGGUCCUUUGCGUUCUCCAUCCUGGAUACACAAACUUGAACGAACUGAUGGGAUCUGAGUUCAGGGAACCAACCGGACAUCUGUGAUGGGUAACUUUGUGGGGCAAGGUUUGGUGGAUCGCGUCGUGUUUGUGUCGCUGGGCCGCCGCGAUGUGACCAGCAGGUACCAGUCCAUGUGGGAGUCCAAGUGUCAGUCCAGGUGGCAGUCCAGCCAGUGUCACUGAACCGAUCCGUGCAUAAAUCGAGAUGCUGUAUGUCGAAACGACUUCAGAGUUUUGCGAGUCUUGAACCAAUCCAGUUGAAAUUAUGCACUCUCAGAAGGUCAUUUGGCUGAUGGGAUGUGUAAAAAACAACUUAGAUUUUAAAAAAAUAUUCUAUGUAGACAGACUUGGGAAGGAGGCACUUGAUGUGUCUGCUGAGUUUGUGCAAUUAAAAUUGGCGGUAGUCUCUGACUCGGGGGUUUUCUCCGGCUACUCCAGUCGAAAUGUCGUAUGUACUGUAUGUACUGUGUGUACUGUGUGCACUAUAUGUACUGUGUGUACUAUGUG